GCCAAAAAAGUGCACAAAAUGGAGAAAAAAUAUACUCAAAAGUUUCGAAAAGAAUGGAUUAAUAAUCCCAAGUUAAAAGAAUGGAUCAGUGAAUGUAAAGAUCCAGAGAAAGCUUAUUGUAAAUAUUGUAAAUGCGAAAUAAACGCAAAGUUAUAUGUGCUGAAUGUUCACGCAGAGAGUAAAAAACAUAUCAAUGCAGUUGAACGUAUUGGUUCUACCAACCAACUGCCCUUUAAACCAGUCAGUUUGAAAAUACAACAACAGGAGGCUUCAUUGUGUAUGUUUUUAGCAGUACAUGCUUCAAUUUCAACUGUCGAUCAUUUGGGAGAAGUCUGCAAAAAUCGACUGGAAUGCUCAUCAUUAAAACUUCAUAGAACUAAGUGCACCAAUAUAAUAAAAAAUGUUCUUGGCCCCCACUUUGACGAUGAACUGCGUAAAGAUAUUGGUGAAGGAUAUUUCAGUAUUUUAAUAGAUGAAUCGUGUGAUGUCGCUUUAACAAAAGUAUUGGGUCUGGCAAUAAUUUAUUUUAGCAGCAAUUUGGGAAAAAUUGUAUCCACAUUUUUAUCAAUAGAAGAGUUGGAAAGUGGAUCUGCUGAAAAUAUUGUUAUUGGUGUUAAAAAUGCUCUUAGAAAAUUUAAUUUAAAAACUGAAAAAUUAGUUGGCAUAGGAACCGAUAACGCAAAUGUUAUGGUAGGAAAAAAUAAAAGCGUUUAUACUGCUUUAAAAAAGGAUAUUCCCCAACUUGUUCUUGUUAAAUGUGUGUGCCAUUCUCUUCAGCUGGCUGUGAACCAGUCUCUAAAAGAAUAUUUACCUGAGCAAUUAGGAUUCCUUGUUUAUGAAACCUACAGCUGGUUCUCAAAAAGUUCCAAGAGACAAGUUGUUUACAAAAAUUUGUACAAAAAUCUAAAUGAAAAGGACCCAUUAAAAAUUCCAAAAACUUCGGAUACUAGAUGGUUAUCCAUUGAAACAUCAGUUUCAAGAAUAUUGUCGCAAUGGGAGGAGCUCAAAGUGCAUUUCGAAACAGCAUACAUGGAAGAAAAAUGUCUAAAGGCUAAAAUCUUAUGUGAAUUAUACAACGAAGACAAUAUUCGUCUAUAUUUGUUAUUUUUGAAACCCAUUUUACUUGAAGUCCAACUAGUUAACAAAAUUUUUCAAGGCCAUGAUAACGAUCCAACUCGCCUAUUAAAGGAAUUAUUAUUGCUGAUAAAUUUUUUGAAACGCAAAGUAGUUGGUGACGACAGUGUAGACGUUUUAUAUUCAGAUUUCGACGAAUUUAUUUUAUACACAUGCAGCCUUGGUCAUGAGUUUGAAACAUAUCUUAAGGAAAUUAAAAAAAAAAACGGAAGCAUGAAAAAGAAGGCAGAACGUGAAAUUAGACGAAAUUGUGUUAAAUUUGUUGUUGAUCUCAUUAAUCAAUUGAAACAAAGGUUGCCCGAUAAUAUUAAAAUACUUCAAAAUAUUGAAUAUUUCUCUGUAGAUAACGUCUUAAAAUCUUCUAAAGAGGAUAUUUUACCAAUCCUAAAUUUAUUUCAUGUUGAUGACGAAAUAUCCUUAAAAAUUCAGGAGCAAUACUCAAAUAUCCAUUAUAUAAAAUGGAAAAACACAAAUAACACUAUUUCAUUUUGGACGGAAGUAUAUAAAUAUAGAGAUGCCGGCGGAAAUAAAAAGUUUAACGAAAUUUCGGAAUUUGUACUGAAACUACUUUCACUACCCUGGUCAAAUGCAGAAGUUGAAAGGGUUUUCAGCCAAAUAAAUCUUGUAAAAACUUACUUAAGAAAUAAAAUGCAUCUAUCAACCGUCACUUCGAUUUUGUCUAUCAGAUUUGGACUUAAAAGAAUCGAUAAAUGCUGUUUUGAAUACGACGUACCGAAUAAUUAUUUAAAACUAGUUGGUACCAGUGAGUCUUAUGACAAAAAUAAUAAUAUCCCAGAUUUUAUAGACGAUUUAUUUUUUUAA